CUAGAUUUUUUUGUUUGCCAUUAAAACCAAGUUGCACUGGAGCACAUCAUUUUCUUGAAAGUGUUCUGCAGUAACUGCAUUAUAUUCCAUUGCCACCACUUCUCGUCAUUACAGACCAUGGUUCCUAACCUAGUUUUUUAUUAGGUCUAGUCCUAGAAGCGCGCGUACUGCAGAACUACGAUUUGCUGAUUCUACGUUUUUUAAGGGCAAGUGGAUAGGGCCUAUGACUACCCCGAACAAACCGUAUUUUGUGGCCAAGGAAAUGCUAAAAAUCACUCUUUUAGGCCUGUUGGUCCUAGUCUGUAAUGAACUCGUGAAGCGCAAAACUACACAGUGGGCUGUCUGCAAUAUUUCCAAUAUAUGAAAUCGAACCCCGAAUUUAGCGCUGUAAGUCUAAAAUUAUUACUUACACAGGGGAGGGAUAAAUUUAAAUUAUGGUAAACUCAAAUUAACAACCGUGCGGCAACAGACGAUUUUCGGCUAGUACUAUUACUACUAGAUGACGUAUGUUAAUAAGCUGAACACACUCAAACGUUGUUCCUACAGAUUGCUAUAAUUUAUCUAUUUUUCAUAGUUUGAAUUUAACCAUUGUAAGAUAUAUGAAUGUAUUCAACAUGGAUACUUUGAAAAUAUAAAUCUCGGUAAGAUCUCGAAAUCGCGCCGAACAGAAAAACAAGAUGGAGCAGACCGUUGAGCCCAAGAAGUCUUGUUUUAAUCAAGCAUGUGCAAAGAUUUGAAAUGAUAUACAAGCUUAUGUGUAGAACUAGGACGAAAUUCGUUCAUUAUUACAGAUUUAAUUGAAAAUGCGUUAAAACAAAAUGUCAAAGAAAGAAUUUGUAUUGCAUUUCUUAAAAACUUUAGUUAAAAGAUGUAAAAACGGCUCAUAUAUUGUAAAUGUACAUUAAAUUGAAUGUUUUAUUUUAAUUUUAAUUAUUUCAGACAUGUAAGUUUCAUUGUAACAAUAACAAAAUAUAAUGGCUGAGGCAUAAUGAAAUCGGAAUAUUGGGGAUUUUAUAUAUUGUCUGUUUGGAAAUCCUGAUGUUUUAAUACACCUGUUUCAUUGUGGUAGGAGUAAUAAUAGAAUAGCAAGCUUCAAAAAGAUAUAUAUACUAUAUAGUGACACAUCGGUGGAAAUAUGGAAAUGUUGAAAAACGUGAAUAUGAAAAUCGAACCCAUUCCAAAUGAGAAGAAUGUUUUGUCUGAAGUCAAGUUUGUGAAAAAUGAAAAAGGAAGAAGAAAAACGUCACCUUGUAUGACAAGAGAAGCUGCUCUCCCAGAAGAAGGAUCUUCAUUUACAAUCUUUGAUUUCAAAUUAAAAAAAGAAAAGUUUGAUGAAGUAUCUAAGGAACUUGAGAAAACAUUUAUCAAAACUGAGCAAAUUGGUGAUUCAACAAGGAAUGGCAUUAUUUCCAAGUUCUGUGAGAAUGUUGAUGAAGUUCUUGAUUGUUCACAACAUGAUGUUAUUAGUUUAAAAAAGGAAAAUGAACCAAAAGAAGAAGUCCAUCAAGUUAAUUCUGGGUUAAAAGUCUUAUCAGUGACAAGAGAAGCUGUUUCCCCAAAAAAAGAAUCUUCAUUUACAGUCUUUGAUUUUAGAAUAAAAAAUGAGAAGUGUGAUGAAGCACCAAAGGAAAAUGAGAACACACUUGUCAAAGUCAAAACUGAACAAAGUGGUGAUUCAACAAAGGAUGACAUUAUUUCCAAGUUCAGUGAGAGUGAUGAUGAAACUGUUGAUUGUUCACAACAUGAUGUUAUGAGUGUAAAAAGUGAACCAAAAGAAGAGUUUCAACAAAUUAACUCUGAGUUAGAAGAUUUAUCAGAUCCAAAGUCAUACUUGAACAACAGUUGUGGAAAGCACUUAACUGGAUAUCAUACUAUAAAACAAAAAUUUCUCUUUUUUAAGUCAAAAAGUGACAAAUCCUUAAAUCCAAGUACUGUUAAUUUAUUUGAUGAAACACUGUUGUGGGAAAAUAACAGAAAAACACACAAAAUUUUCCACAGUGAAACUAAAUCAUGCAGUAAAAUUGUGUGUGAAAAAGAAUUGGAAAUAAGUCAACAUCCAAAAUUGAAUGUAAGGACACACACUGGGAAAAAACAACACAGGUGUGUAGUGUGUGGCAAACAGUUUCUAACAAAUUGUUACCUAAAAAUUCAUUUAAGGAUACACACUGGAGAAAAAACACUCAAAUGCAUUGUGUGUGGCAAACAAUUUGUGACACAGAAUAAUUUAAAAAUACAUCUGAGAAUACACACUGGGGAGAAGCCAUACAGUUGUGUAGUGUGUGGCAAAGAAUUUGAAACAAAUACUCACCUACAAGCACAUGUGAGGAUACACACUGGAGAGAAACCAUACAAUUGUGAGGUGUGUAAUAAAGGAUAUCAAACCAACAGUCAGUUAAAAAUACACGAGAGAGUACAUACUGGUGAGAAACCUUACACUUGUGUAGUUUGUGACAAGAAUUUUAGGAGUAAAAGUCAACUUAACAGACAUGAGAAGGUGCACACCGGAGAGAAAACAUACAACUGUUUAGUCUGUGGAAAAUCAUUUGCAAUGAAUUCCUAUCUACAAGAACACGUGAGGUUGCACACUGGAGACAAACCAUACAGCUGUAUUUUAUGUAAUAAAAAAUAUCGAAGCAGGAGUCAACUGAAAAUACAUCGGAGGAUACACACUGGGGAAAAACCAUAUACUUGUAUGGUGUGUGAUAAAAGAUUUAGGAGUAAAAGUCAACUUAAUAGACAUAAGAAGGUGCACAGUGGAGAGAAACCACACAGUUGUUUAAAGUGUGGAAGAAAAUUUGUUACAAAUACCUGUCUAAAAGAACAUGUGAGGAUACACACUGGAGAGAAACCAUACAUUUGUGUGCUGUGUAAUAAAGGAUAUCGCAGCAAUAGUCAGUUAAAAAAACAUGAGAAAGUACAUACUGGAGAGAAACCAUACGGUUGUGUGGUUUGUGACAAGAAAUUUGGGAAUAAAAGUCAUCUUAACAGCCAUGAAAGGAUACACACUGGAGAGAAACCAUACAAAUGUGUAGUGUGUAAUAAAGGAUUUCAAAUCAAUAGUCAAUUAAAAAGGCACGAGAGAGUACAUACUGGUGAGAAACCGUACACUUGUGUAGUUUGUGAUAAAAAAUUUAGGAGUAAAUGUCAACUUAAUACACAUGAGAAGGUGCACACUGGAGAGAAACCAUACAGUUGCUUGGUGUGUGAUAAAAAGUUUAGGAGUAAAAGUCAGCUUAACACACAUGAGAAGGUGCACACUGGAGAGAAACCAUAUAGUUGUUUAGUGUGUGGAAAAAGAUUUGUAACAAAUACCUGGCUACAAGAACAUGUUAGAAUACACACUGGAGAGAAACCAUACAGUUGUUUAGUGUGUGGUAAGGGAUUUCGAAGCAAUAUUCAGUUAAAAGAACAUGAAAGAGUACAUACUGGAGAGAAACCGUAUAGUUGUGUGGUGUGUGGUAAGGGAUUCCGAAGCAAUAGUCAGUUAAAAGAACAUGAGAGAGUACAUACUGGGGAGAAACCUUACAGUUGUGUGGUGUGUAGUAAGGAAUUCCGAAGCAAUAGUCAGUUAAAAGAACAUGAGAAAGUACAUACUGGGGAGAAACCAUUCAGUUGUGCAGUUUGUAGUAAAGAAUUUAGGAAUAAAAGUAAUCUUAACAGACAUGAAAAGAUGCACACUGGAGAAAAACCGUACAAUUGUUUAGUGUGUAAUAAAACAUUCGAGAGUGAAAAUGAACUUAAAAGACAUGAGAAAAUACACACUGGGGAAAAACCGUACAGUUGUGUGGUGUGUGGUAAUGGAUUCCGAAGCAACACUCAGUUAAAAGAACAUGAAAGAGUACAUACUGGGGAAAAACCAUAUAGUUGUGCUGUUUGUAGUAAAGAAUUUAGAAGUAAAAGUAAUCUUAACAGACAUGAAAAGGUGCACACUGGAGAAAAACCAUACAAUUGUUUAGUGUGCAAUAAAACAUUCGAGAGUGAAAAUGAACUUAAAAGACAUGAUAGAGUACAUACUGGGGAGAAACCAUACAGUUGUGCAGUUUGUAGUAAAGAAUUUAGAAGUAAAAGUAAUCUUAACAGACAUGAAAAGGUGCACACUGGAGAAAAACCGUGCAAUUGUUUAGUGUGUAAUAUAACAUUCAAGAGUGAAAAUGAACUUAAAAGACAUGAGAGAAUACACACUGGGUUGUAUAAUGUGUAGCAAAGAAUAUGGAAGAAGUAGUAAACUGAAAACUCAUCAGAGAACACAUCCUGGAGAAAAACCAUAGAGUUGUUUAGUGUGUGAUAAAAUAUUUGGAAGAAUUUGUUAUCUUUCUGUUCACCAAAGGAUACACACUGAUGAUAAACCAUAUUCUUGCAUAGUUUGUGGUAAAUAGUGAUCUGGGAAUACACAUACUAGAGAGUAACCAUUUAGGUUUCUUAGUGUGUGGAAGAAAUUUAUACAUAAUUAUCAACUUAAAAAUGUACACAAACUGUAAAUGCUUGAAACAGAGCUGGGGAAUUUAAUCAAUUUCUUAUAAGUAACAAUCAUGUCAGUUAGUAUCACAUAAACUAUUGUUUAAUCAAAAUUAGUAUUUCCAGUUUUUCAUUACUCCAACUACCAAAGUAAUCAAAACAUUAUCACCUAAUAUGCUUGCCCUGUGUUUUUCAUGGUAAGACUACUAAGGUUAUCUUUCACUAUCAUUAAAUUUGAAUUGCUAACUAGAUAGCUUCCUGGCAGCACUGGUCACAAAGCUCCCCUUUUUUUUUUUUUAACUGCUGACUAGAAGGAAAGCAGAAUAUGGC